AUGUAUAAAUAUAAAAACUGUAUUGUAAUAUAUCUCUGCGCGACAAUUUGCGUGAAGUUAACCUCCGGUGAGGUAAUACCAGAAAAUCUCGACUUUCAAUCACUUUUGAGGAUUUUUAAAAGUCUUUCUGACACAACCGUACCGGUCAGCGAAUCAAACAUCACUUCAAAGGAAUUUUGUAUGAAAAGCUUUGAAAAGGCGAACCGCUACAAGAAGAUUAUUAUGCUACAGGAACAGGUGGUUCUAAAGUUGCAAUCCCAACACUUAAAACAAAUUGAAGAAUGCAGCAACCUCAGACAUAAAGUUCGCAGGCUUAUUGGGAAUUACAAGAAAGCUAAGGCCGAGCUAAAAGCCUAUAAGUUGUAUAGUUAGAAGAGCAAUUCCAAAAGCGAAAUAGAAACAGCAUUAUUGAAAAGUGCAUAAAUGAAUCCCCUACAUUUUAUAAAAAUGGAGUA